AUGACUACUAACUCUGUUGUCUUCUAUCAACAUAGGAUUGUCAAUGGAGGUGGAGUCAAAGCCCUCAGCACAAGUUCAGUGAGACUAUGUGAAAAGAAAAACGAUGUUGACAAUUCUCAUCAAGUUGAGAAAACAAAUGCAGAUAAAGACGGUGAGCCAACAGAAACUCCAACUGUGGUUACACAAAGAGCUGAAGAUGACAGCAACAUUAUCAAGAUGACUGAACAUAGAGAGGAGGAGCCAGUGGUGUUAAAGACAGGAGGAAGUACCACACAGCCGCAGCUGGAUUUUAAAAUUGAGCAGGUCGUGGCAACGCCAAAACAAGUGAAAACUAACGCAGCCAAGAGUGGGAAAGAGAGUCUCCUCAACCUUCUUGGAGCCAUGAAGGUAGAAGUAACUAAUAAGAGGAAGCUCAAAAACAUCAUGAAGCCAAGUUAUGAGUCUACACCCAAGUCAAAGCCAGCAGCGAUGGAGAGCACUAUCAGCAUGUUUCAGAAGGCUACAGUGGAGGCUUCAUCACAGAGAGAGACACUGGAUCCUAAACUAGUUGAAGCUGCGUCGGCUGCUGCCUCCACUCUGCCUGACCGCAGCCAGGCUGAGUCAGAGCUGCUCAGGCAGCUGAUGGCAGCACGAGACAUCACCGAGGCCCAGAAGAAAGGAGACGUGAACAACCUUGGAGUAAUAAUCGCUGACAUGAAAGUAGGAAAGAAUCCCAACCGACAGAAUGCUCGGCCAGCUAAUCAGAUCCGCUUUGAUGACGACGGGCGAGGAUACACGCAUGACAGAGGAAUCACCGCUGAGCUGGACGGUAUUCGGAGGAGGAGGAACUUGUUCUCAGGAAAAAGACUUAACAUCUUCUCUCCGACUACUGAUGAAGCUGGAGUUGAUUUAACACUUGCACGGCCAACCCUAUGGGACAUGGACUUUGCAAAUCAGUUGUCUCUGUCGACCAACCAAACACCCCGCAAUGGGCUUGAGGAAAUGAUCCAGUGGACCAAAGAGGGGAAAAUGUGGCAAUACCCAGUCAACAAUGAAGCUGGCCUUGAGAGGAAGCCAGUGUCCCGUUCCAUGAGCAUAUCUUCUUAGAAGAAACACUUGGAGGAGGGUUUUGCCCGUCAGGGACCAGUGCGUCACUUCAUGGAGCUCGUGGUGGCUGGUCUGUCCAGAAACCCCCUAUCUGACUGUCCAUCAGAAGAGGGAACACAUUUCCUGGUUCAGAGACUACUUCCACCAGAAAGAGGAAGUCCCUCAAGGAGGCUGAAGUCUACCUCAACUGAGCAAAAGACAAUU